AUGACAGACAGUUAUGCUGCCAACGGGCAGGGCCUCACCAUCAACGGCUACGACGCGAGCCUGGACGUCUCCGAUACCACCAACUACCUCACCAACGGCCACGAUACAAACGGGGACACAAAGGAACGUGAUAAUGUGAUAGUGGUCGGCGCCGGCCCCGUUGGCCUUCUGAUUGCCCUCCGCCUCGCCAAAGCCGGCAUCCCCACCACCAUCCUUGAAAUGCUUCCAUACGUCGAACAGAGCCCGCGCGCAGCAGUCUACCACGCCAUCUCCGUGCGCGAACUGGACCGCGCCGGCGUCUUGGAGGAUUGUCGCGCAAACGGCAAAUCCAGCUCCGACGUCUGCUGGCGGAAACUCAACGGUGAGGUCAUCGCAUCGAUCGAUCGAAAACCGUUGCCGGGCGAGAAGUACCAGGUCCUUGUGCUGGGACAGCAUGAGCUUGCCGAGAUCAUUUUGAAGCACGUCAAGCAAUGCAAGGAGAGUCAGGUGUUGUUCAACCACAAGGCUGUGGAGAUCCAGCAGGAUGAGAAGGGGGUGAGGGUGGCGGCUGAGACGCCUGAUGGCAUCAAGCAGUUCAGUGCGAGGUAUCUUGUCGGUGCGGAUGGCGGGAGGAGCGGUGUGAGGAGGCUGAUUGAUGUGCCGUUCGAGGGCUUCACGUGGCCUCAGUCGCUGGUCGCUUGCAACGUCGUCUAUUCCUUUGACAAGUAUGGGUAUCAAAGCGGGAACUUUAUUGUGGACAAGGACCAUUGGUGUCUCAUUGCGAGUCUGAAUGAGCCGGGACUGUGGCGCGUGUCCUAUGGCGAGCUGCCGGGUUUGACGCAUGAACAACUGAUGGAGAGGCAGCCGAUGAAGUUUGAAGCCAUCUUCCCAGGACCAAGGCCGUUGAAGUAUGAGUUGAAGAACGCGAGUCCCUAUCGGAUCAAUCAGAGGCUCGGACUUACGGGAGGCAUGCUCGAUGCUGGAGCAUGCGCUGAUGCGCUGAUAGCCACGCUGAAACAGGGUUACCCAGAGUCAGUGCUGGAGAGCUACGCCGAGAAGCGGAAGAAGGUCUGGCACGACAUCAUCAAUCCAACCUCACAGGCGAAUGUGAAGAGAAUCUUUGAGAACGACCCGGAUACAGUGGGACAGACUGACCCGUUCUUGAAGAUGCUCAACGACCCGACCGUGGAUAAAUCGAAGCUGAGGGCCGGUGAUGGACUUUAUGUCGAUGUGCUGGCGGAUCAUACGAGUAUGAACUCGAAGGCAGACAAGCCGACUGUCGUCCCCCUGCCGGGGAACUGA